AUGAAGUUCUUAUGUUGCGCUUUGCUAUUGGUAGCCGCAACAGCCGUGGCCCAGGCUGCCGCGGGACGCAGCGAUGAGGAGAGCGUCGCCCGGCUCAGAUACCGCCUCUUAAAGCAACCAAACCAGUUGGAGGCCCGGAGUCUUAGCCAGCUGCUGGCCUUGAAGAACGGCACUCCCCCAUGUCCCGCCCCUACAACCACCACUGGCACUACUACUGCCCCUACCGCUACCACUCCCACUACUGCUACUACUACGGGACCAACUUCUACAACAUCCACCAGCUCACCAACAGCAUCACCAACAUCAUCACCAACAUCAUCCCCAUCAACUACAGCAGCCACCAGACGUGCCCUUAACGACUACAGCGAAGAAGAUAACGACGACGACGACGACGAGGAUGACGACAACAGCGAGGACGAGAAGUAUGUGGGCGCCUACAGGGCCAGUGCCAAAAACGACGAUGACAAUCUGGACAACGAGGAGGACAGCUUCGACCUGGUCGGUUACCAGCACAAUCGCGCCGAUUCAGGCCUCCGUCGUGGCGGCAACCGCCCCGGCUCCGGCUCCGGCUCCGGAUCCGGCUCCGGCUCCCAGGCUUCUAGCAGCGCCAUCUUGAAGGAGUUCGAGUUCCGCCGGCAGCAGGACCAGAACAAAGCCCUUCGUAAGCGCCUUCAGGCCAUGCGCCGGCGCAACACCCAGAACCGACGCCGCGCCCAGGCUAAGCGACGCCGCGUUCGCCGCCGCCUCAACAAGAAGCGCCGUAGUCAGGGUCGCCGCAGCCGUCGCAACCGCAGCCGUGCCAACCGUCGCCACCGUGCGGCCCGCCGCCGCCAGCGCCAGAGCGCCAAACGUCGUAUCCGUCGCAACCGCAGACGCAGCCGCCGCAACUAGAUCCACAUCGGAUAUUUGGC